CGGCGCGUCCCCCUCGAUCCUCGAUGCCCGCGCGGGAGACGGCAAGACCGGCCGCAGCACCCCCCACGCGCACCACCAAGCCGACCCGUACCCCUGCUACUACGACCACGACUUCGAGCCUGUCUCGAAAGCCCUCCUCUUUGAAGCCUGCCAGCAACGGAGCCCAGCAGCGCGCGACGACCCCGAGUGGUGCGAAGCAAGCGUCGAAACAAAACCACGUCGAACGACCUCAGUCCCGAGUCAGCAGCAAUGGCAGCAGCUCGCGACCGGUUGAUGAAGGGUUCUUGGCCCGGAUGAUGCGGCCAACCGCCAGUUCGGCUAGCAAGGUGCAUGACAAGGACGCCAAGAGCCCUCCCCGGGCCUCGAAGCCCUCCCGCGCGCCGGUCAAGAAGGUUGCCCCCAAGGCCACCUCCCGUGCAGUCCCGCCCAAGGAAAAGAUUGCGCCGAAGAAACCCUCGGGGGAGAAGCUGGUGGCCGCGCCAGUUGAGGCGAGCCAGCCUACCCGGACUCCGAGCCCCGAGAAGGCUUCUGAGCCUGCUACCGAUGUUGAGCCUAAGGAGUCGGUCGGAACCAUUGAGGAGUCGGCCCCCGCCGUCGAGGAGUCCCAUCCCUCGUCCGUCGAAGCGAUCGAAGAGGAGCCCGUGGCCGAGGUGGCAACCGAUGACGCUCCUGUCGAGUCAUCUGCUACUCCUGAGGUGACGGCUGAUGCUGUCUCCACUCAGGACGAGCCCGUCGCGAAUGUGACGGAGGCCCCGGUCGAGCAGACCCCCGAGCUCUCCUCCCCUGUUCCCACGGAGCAGCCUAUCUCUUCUCCGGAGAUCAAGGCGCCUGAAGCAGUCGAGCCCGUCGCGGAAGUCCCUCAAGUCACCGAAUCCGUGAAGCCCAAGGAGCCGGCCAUUUCCGAGUCGCUGGUGGACACGGACGUUGAACCCGUUGAGAAGCCCAGCGAGAAAGCUGGCGAGAAUCAGGGUCAGGUUGAUUUCGGCAAUUGAGUCUUCCUGUCUACGGUUCCUCCAAACCCUCCCUCCUUAACUGCUUUCAAACUUCCCCCCUUCCCCACCUUGGGGUUUUCACGUUGACGGUCUGUGCAUCAAAUUUAUACCCCGCGAAAGCCACGAUGAACAGCAGCACAUGUCAUCUUCAAAUACUUUUACACUUCGAUGUCCU